AUGUAAGAUAACAAUGAAUAAUUAGAGAAUUUAGAGAAGGAGAACUUGAUUGGACAAUUAAAAGAGAAAGUAUUAGUGAUGAUUUAGUAUUAAGAUUAAGGAAAAUAAAACAAUUACAAAGAAAUUAGACAGAUUAUCAGAGAAAUAUGUUUAGACUUAUAAAGAAUAUAAGUUAUUAGCAAAGGAUAGAGAGUCUCUAUUUUAAGCUAUACAAUUUGCUCUAAGUGAAUAAUAAUAUAAAUUUGAAUAGAAACCUUUAGGUUAAUGUUUUAUUAAAUGUUAGGUCAAUUUGAUACAAAUUAAAUAAUUGACUUACUUAAAUAGAAAGAUGAAGAUAAAUCAAAAGCUCUUACAAAUCUAAUUAAAGAGACUAAUAAUGAGAAAUUUUAAUUAGAAGAAAAGUAUAGAUAAAUGAUAGAAAAAUAAGGGUCUAAUAGUGAUUAAAAGACUUAAUAAAUAAUUAAAUAAUUAAAAUAAUAAAUUAAUGAUUUAGAUAAUAAUAAUACAAGAUUGGCUAAAGAAAUAAUUGAAUUAAAUGAUAUAAUAUAGAUAAAGAAUGAAUAAUUAAUGAAACUAAGUUAAUUUGAAGAUGAUUGUGCUAAUUUAAAGACUUAAUUAAUGGUCUAAGAACUUUAAUAAUAAUAACCAGAUAGAUAAUAUAAAAUAAAUUCAUCUGAUAUUAUGAAUGAAUCACUUAAAAUGAAAUAAUAAGUUGAUAAAUUAUUAGAAGAAAUUCAAAAAUAAAGUUUGAAAAUCAAAGAAUUAGAAUUAGAAAAAGCAAACUUUUAAUAAAAUUAAAAACAAUAAAAAAAUAAAGAUAAUUUUAAUAAUAAUUAUACAAUUACAUAAACACCAGAUGAUUAUGAUGAAAUUAAUCCAUUUGAAUAAGAAAAUACUAUAUAAAAAUAAGAUCUAAAUUAAAAUAUAUUUAAUAAUCAAAAAUAAACAUAAACUGAUUUUAUUUAUUAAACAAAAGAAGAAUUAAUAACUAACAAUACAAAUUUUGAAUAUUUAAAAAAUGUUGUAUAUAAAUACUUUUUAUAUUAAGAAACAAGAAAUUAUAAGGAAGCAUCUAUAUUAAUGAAUGCUAUUAUGACUAUUUUAAAAAUGUCAAAUGAUGAAAGAAGAAGAAUAGAAUCAGCAAGAGAAAGAGGAUUUAUAAAAAGUGCUAAGAAUUUAAUAAGUGAUGGGUUCUUUUGUUUGAAGUAACCUUAAUUAAAUGAUAUGAAUUUUGAACGUCCUAAUAGUAGAAUUGAACUAAUGAAUAAGCAUAUGUUAAAUUGA